AUGCGGAGCACAGCGUUGGCGACGACGGAGCUAUCUCCAUCACCUUUGAUCAACUCUUACAACCGCUUCUCCUCCUCAGGAAUCUCUAUCCAUCAUCGUCCGAGAAGCCACUCGUCGUCUCUCUUCCUCCUCUCCCCGUCGGUUUCAGUUUCUCAUACUCCGUCUUCAAAAUCAGGUUUUGAUUCACAUAAAUGGAUGAAAAAGUUGUUCUCUUUGUAUCUAGGAGUAUGCAAGGCAAGUCAAAUAGCCGAUCUUUUCCCAGCGGUUUCACCUGAGAUCGUUGUACGAGAAGCGAGGUUGGAGGAUUGCUGGGAAGUGGCAGAGACUCACUGCAGCUCCUUCUUCCCUGGAUACUCAUUCCCUCUUGAUCUCGUCCUCAGAGUUGAUAGGCUGAUGGCGAUGAUAAUGGGGUUCUCUGUGCCGCCAGGGUGCCAGAGGAUCUGUUUAGUCGCUGUGAUAGGUAGCUCUGUUGAUGAACCCAUCUGCAUUGGAAGCCAAGAUUUCAAGAUUGGUGCUUUUGAUGCAAAGAUUAGUCUUAACAAAGGCUAUGUAGCUGGGAUCUUGACUGUUGAUACCGUCGCUGAUUACCUUCCAAGGAAAGGUCCUCUCCGCCAAAGAAGGACAGGGAUUGCUUACAUAUCGAAUGUGGCGGUUAGAGAGAGUUUCAGGCGCAAGGGAAUAGCAAAGAGGCUGAUAUGGAAAGCAGAGGCUUUAGCUAAAAGCUGGGGAUGUAGAGCUGUUGGACUUCACUGUGAACUCAACAACUUAGGAGCCACAAAACUUUACAAAGAUCAAGGUUACAGAAGCAUUAAGAUCCCUGAAGGAGCGAGUUGGCCACAGCCAAAGACAGCUCCAGACACAAGGUUUAACUUCAUGAUGAAGCUUUUGAACAACAACAAUGCUCAAGCCCUUGAACAAUUCCUGUAAAUAAAAAGAAAAGAAAAUCAAUUGCUUAUGUAAAUAUGUUUAGUGGGUGAUUGUGGUCUUAACUUUGUAAGUCUUGCACUCAGCUGUCUAUAGUACUUUCCAGGAAAAAUACGUUUUUUAAAAAAGUUAUUAAUACGCUUUUUAAAAUGUACAGAGUUUUUUCUUUUAAAUUAUUCAACCC